AAUGGAAAUGAAAAUAAAAUAAAAGUUCCACAGGCAAUUAUGUCAACAGGCUAGAGAGUUUCCCAGCUCUGGCUAGCUCCAUCCUCAGCACCAUCUUCCUCUUCUUCUGCUUCUCACUGAGAUCUUCUCUCUAGCUUUGAGUUUUCCAACCAUCCAACCAUCAUAAAUCUUUAUUAUUACUAUAUUUUACUUUUUUUUUCCCCUCAAUAUUUUAUUUCGUCCGUUGGACUUGGAAUCCAUCGUGGGGAGAUUGAAGAACUAUUGGGUUUUGGAAAUCUUGAUUUCUCUGCUGAUAAAAGAUCUCUGGGCCGAAAAUGUGGACCUCGUAAAGCUAGUGAUUUGUUAAAGAUAAACAAAGGGGAUACAUUCUCUCAGCUCUAGGUCAAUCAGUUUCUUCCCUUUUCCAUUGGUGGAGAAGAAGUUUAAAGAUGAUUUUUAGUUUAGGAGAGAACAAAGGCAGUGCUUUUGCACCCAUAAUGUGUGUUAAGCUGGAAUUAUUUGACAUUUUGGGUUUUUACCCCUUUUACCUUCACUUUAAAAAGAACUCUUUAAGUGAUUCACAGGCUUUUCUGGCUCCGACAUUUGCAAGGACACUGACAGUUGGAUGAGCUCACCAAUCAUUAAAACCACUUUAUCAGGUUGUCUUGUAUCAGAUUUGAUAUAGUUCGGGUGGAUCUGAGUAGACUGUAUGUGCCACUUUUGGAUAUUCAAAAAGGCACAUAAUUGAAACUUGAAAUCAGAAUUUUCAUAGUUUCUGAUUUGAUUAGCAUAUCUUAAUGGGGAUUCAGUGCUCCAGACUCAUGCCAUGCUGUGCGAAUUCUCAAGUAAAGGCUUCCGUUCUUGAAGCUCCAGAUACUGAAAAGGAGGAUAGAAGUGAGGCCAAUAACUGGCCUGCAUUCCGUGAAUUUUCAUUGGAGCAACUAAAGAAUGCAACAUCUGGCUUUGCUGUUGAGAAUAUUGUAUCUGAACAUGGAGAGAAGGCGCCAAAUGUUGUUUACAAAGGGAAGCUGGAGAAUCAAAUGAGGAUUGCUGUUAAGCGCUUUAAUAGAAAUGCUUGGCCUGAUGGCCGGCAGUUUUUGGAGGAAGCAAGAUCUGUUGGUGAGCUCCGCAACCAGCGAUUAGCAAAUUUGAUUGGUUGUUGUUGCGAAGGUGAUGAGAGGUUGCUUGUAGCAGAAUUUAUGCCGAAUGAGACACUGGCAAAACACCUUUUCCAUUGGGAAACACAACCUAUGAAAUGGGCGAUGCGAUUAAGAGUUGUUUUCCAUCUUGCACAAGCUCUAGAAUAUUGCACAGGGAAAGGGCGAGCCCUCUAUCAUGACCUUAAUGCAUACAGAGUUUUAUUUGAUGAGGAUGGCAAUCCCAGGCUUUCAACUUUUGGCCUUAUGAAGAAUAGUAGGGAUGGGAAAAGUUAUAGCACAAAUUUGGCUUUUACCCCUCCAGAAUAUCUGAGAACUGGGAGAGUAACACCAGAAAGUGUAAUAUAUAGCUUCGGAACUCUUCUGCUUGACCUUCUCAGUGGGAAGCAUAUCCCCCCAAGCCAUGCCCUUGAUUUGAUUCGGGACAGAAAUCUUCAAAUGCUGACAGAUUCUUGUUUGGAAGGACAAUUUUCUGAUGAUGAUGGAACAGAGUUAGUACGCUUGGCAUCUCGAUGCUUACAGUAUGAACCUAGAGAAAGGCCAAAUCCUAGAUCAUUGGUGGCUGCCUUGGCUCCUCUUCAGAAAGAUACAGAGGUUUCUUCACAUGUCUUGAUGGGAAUCCCACAUGGUGAUGCUACUUUUGCUUCGUUGUCCCCACUUGGUGAAGCAUGCUCGAGAAAGGAUUUGGCUGCUAUACAUGAAGUUCUGGAAAAUAUUGGCUACAAAGACGAUGAAGGAGUGACAAAUGAGUUGUCAUUCCAGGUUUGGACUGAUGAAAUGCAGGAAACACUUAACAGUAAGAAAAAGGGGGAUGUUGCUUUCCAGCAGAAGGAUUUUAGAGUUGCACUAGAGUGCUACACACAGUUCAUUGAUGGUGGAAUAGUGGUUUCUCCAACCGUCUAUGCGCGGCGAAGUUUGUGUUAUCUGAUUGGUGACAUGCCUCAGGAAGCACUGAACGAUGCAAUGCAGGCACAAGUCGUAUCCCCUGUAUGGCACAUAGCAUCAUACCUUCAAUUUCUUGCCCUCUCUGGACUUGUUAUGGAGACUGAAGCUCAAGUAGCACUUAAAGAGGGCACAGCUUUGGAAGCCAAGAGAAGUGAAACCUCUGGGCAUAAGUGAAGAACAAGAGCUUGUACAGGAAGUCAAUUUCAUUUGGAUGUCCUGUGGAUCCUUGAAAUGUUUAUAUUGCAGUGAGCAUUGAGCAUUUCUUCCAAGAAACAAUGGAUAAGUGUUGGUAUCCCCAUCCCUUUUUUACUGGGUUGGGCUGGCUAUGAUGAUCAUUAAGUUUUGUACUAUGAUUUGAUCGAUUAAGCAUCACUCCAAACUAAACCUUGAUGUGAAAAACCAAAACUGUUCCCAAUCUCGUACGUUUAGCUGGAAGGCCAGGCAUGAUUUUAUUCUAUAUUUUCUUCUUCU